AUGGAAAGUGCAGCGAAAAAGUUUCCUGAACAAUUUUUCGUUCAAGCACAUCCAUUCAGUGAUCUGACACUUUUCGUUCAAGAUCGAGAACUCUACGUUGAUAAAAGCGUCUUAGCGGUCGGAUCGAAAGUUUUUCGAACUUAUCUACAAGAUGCAACAAUCGAUUCGAUUGAGAUACUGGAUGUUUCUGCAAAUGAUAUGAUUGAACUUCUUCGAUUUCUCUAUCCGCAGUAUCAUUGUACGAUUAAUAAUCAUAAUGUGACGAUCUUGCUCAUUCUCGCUAAUCGUUUCGAAAUCGAUUUUGUCAUAUCGGCCUGUCGAACAUUUACAUUAGUGUACUUGUCUAAACUUGAAUUAAACUGUGCGAAUGAAUUGAUCGAGCAAGACGAUGGCACUCGUUUACCAAUCUCAUCUAUUAUCGAGAUUUUAUGUAUUUGGUUUCGUGAAUUCUUCUAUAUGAAUGACGCGAACACCUGCCGUGCUGUUUUGGAUAAACUAUCGCAAUGUAAAACAUCAACAAUUGACGCAUCAAAUGGUUUCAAAGGUAUCGACGAGGCUAUCAAAUGGCGAAUCUUUCAAGCACGAACGAAACACCUAGAAACCAAAGCAUCACUUGAGUGCAAAUGA